AUGACGAACCAAGAAAAGAAUCUCCCCAAGAAGGAGACCUUCGCCGGAACUCUCAUCCAGACCCGUGGGAGUAGCAAGAGAAGGGAACUAACCUUGGAAAUAGAGUUUGCGAGGCACCCAGUAACAAAGCAAAAAUCGGAUCGCAAAGGUAAAAGCUCGCCGGAGAAAGCAAAUGAGGCCCGCCGGAGAAUACAGGUAACCAAUGUUAUUAUUCAUGGUCUAGUGAUUCACCAUAUUCGACCACACACACCUGGUGCUGUAAUGGGUCCAGGCAAAAAGAUGGGGACCAUGGAUCGCAUAGAUGGAGAUGCAAUCAGGUUGGUUACAUCUUCAAAGGUAUGGAUAGACCACAACACACUAUUCGAGUGUGAGGAUGGUCUGAUCGAUGUCACUCGUGGUUCCACAGGGAUCACCAUCUCAAACAACUGGUUCAGAAACCACAAGAAGGUCAUGCUUUUGGGUCAUCAUGAUGGAUUCUUGAGGAACAAGGACAUGAAGGUCACUGUGGUAUUCAACCAUUUUGGUCCCAACUGUAAACAAAGGAUGCCAAGGGUUCGUCAUGGUUAUGCGCAUGUAGUGGACAAUCUCUACCAAGGAUGGGGAUUGUAUGCAAUUGGAGGAAGCGUGAAUCCUAGCGUAAAGAGUGAAGCAAACCUUUUUAUCGCACCAAACUCCCGGAACAAAGAGGAUAUGGAUUGCUUUCAAUAGUGACUCGAAAUGAAUUGGGAUCCUCUGUUGUACUCCAUUGUUGCUGUACAACAGAGGAUUUAGGCUCUGCUCGAACGUACCUUCGAAGCACAAAUGGAUGAAACUUAAAACACCAAAAGGUUUCUCUUAUAUGGCCUCUGAAGAGAAGCUAUGGCAAUGUUGGUUUGGAUUCUUUUUGUCAAGUUGAUUUUGAAGAUUUUUUGUAAGAACAAUGAGCAGUGCACUAGUAUACUCAGUGUCACUUGGCUCACAUUGUAUGCUUUCAUCUAUACAACUGUGUGAUUUAAUUAAAGUGCAUCAAUUGUCUUGUUUCUUUUUGUUUUGCUCCCUAUAGAUUGUGUGUGUGUGUGUGUGUGUGUGUGUGUGUUUUGAUAGUUGAGUCACA